AAGCACCUCAAAUGUGGCAAGGGAAGAUCCCCAGGUAUUGCAACCAUGGGUAGAAAAGAUGCAAAUAACACGCACUCAGCACCUGUGGAUACAUAUAGGAAACAAAUAGGAAAACAUGAUUAUAAUAAGGAGAAGAGAAAACUUAAAGCUGCAAAAGCUGCUGCUGAUCUUAAGAAAUCCUCAUCACCUGUUAAGGACACAGUGAUGGUUCUUAUCACAGGUCUACUGUUAAUAGGUGGUUUAUAUGUGGGACUGUAUUGGUAUUUAAACAAAGAGCUGCCAAGAUGAGAGAAUGAAGAUGCCUAAGUGUUCUAGCUUACAUAUCAUUUAAUUGUGCGCAAUUUUUUGAUGUUGGCUCAGGUACUACCUGAAAGUAACCUGAUUAUUCUUAUGUAUACAAUAUACCCAGGGAAAGAUCAAUUUAAAUGCACCUGGCCACUUUUAAUUAUAUUUUCCAUACCCCAGAUACUUAGUAUUACACCUGGGGUACUUAAUGGUACUACCUGAGCUGUCAAUGACCUUUAAGCCUUAUUUGACGACUAUGCAUUUGCCUAUGAUGAGGUUAUACCAGUAUUAAUACUUGUUGUUAGUGAAAAUUAAUAAACUUUGAGAUUCAAACAUUUUGUUCCAUUUUAUGAUAGGCAAUGAAGAUCAAGUGGCUGAGUAUUUACUCAAUAAAUGGUGUCAAUAUGUUGCAUCUUUUUAUAUACUAAGUGUUACACAUAAAGGUGAAUACAUGUUUUAAUUUAAACAAUCUUUGAAUAUUGUGAUGAUUAGUUGUUAAUCUCUGAACAUAUAUUCGAUAAGUUUUGUUACUUUUAUGUUUUAUGUAUGUUAAACAAUAAUACCAUUCUGUAUUUUUGUUUUGUUAUGGGUUUGUUAACAUCGUUGUUGUUAAUAAUUAAAUUCACACAUUGUAUACUUGCCUUUUAUUUAUUUGAAUAUUAUUUACUUAUUGUAUGUGUAACCCAAAGAAUUUUCAUCUUUAUGUUAUAUUUAUAUGUCUUAAAUGCUUGUGACAUACAUUUUAAUUAAUACAUGUGUCUCAAUCAUAAGAUUUAAAUUUCAGUUUGUUUUUGUUUUUUUAGCUCAUCUAUUUUUUGAAAAAAAAUAUGAGCUAUUGUCAUCACCUUGGCGUCGGCGUCCGCGUUGGCGUCGGCGUCUGGUUAAGUUUUGCGUUUAGGUCCACUUUUCUCAGAAAGUAUCAAUGCUAUUGCAUUCAAACUUGGUACACUUACUUACUAUCAUGAGGGGACUGGGCAGGCAAAGUUAGAUAACUCUGGCGUAUAUUUUGACAGAAUUAUGUGCCCUUUUUAUACUUUGAAAAUUUUGGUUAAGUUUUGUGUUUAGGUCCAUUUUAUUCCUUAAGUAUCAAAGCUAUUGCUUUCAUACUUGCAACACUUACUUACUAUCAUAAGGGGACUGUGCAGGCAAAGUUAUGUAACUCUGACUGGCAUUUUGACAGAAUUAUGUGCCCUUUUUAUACUUAGAAAAUUGAAAAUUUGGUAAAGUUUUGUGUUUAGGUCCACUUUAUUCCUACAGUAUCAAAGCUAUUGCAUAUACUUUCAACACUUAUUAACUAUCAUAAGGGGACUGUGCAGGCAAAGUUAUGUAACUCUGACUGGCAUUUGGACGGAAUUAUGGGCCCUUUAUACUUAGAAAAUUGAAAAUUUGGUUAAGUUUUGUAUUUUGGUCCACUUUACCCCAAAAGUAUCAUAAAUAUUGAUUUCAUACUUGGAUCACUCGCAAACUAUCAUAAGGGUACAGUAAAAGGACAAGUUGCAUAACUCUGGUUGUCAUUUUUACGGAAUUAUGGCCCUUUUUUGACUUAGUAACUUUGAAUAUAUGGUUAAAUUUUGUGUUUCGACCCACUUUACUUCUAAAGUAUCAAGGCUAUUGCUUUCAAACUUCAAAUACUUUCAUGCUAUCAUGAGGUUACUGUACCUGGCAAGCUGAAUUUUACCUUGACCUUUGAAUGACCUUGACUCUCGAGGUCAAAUUAUUAAAUUUUGCUAAAAUUGCCAUAACUUCUUUAUUUAUGAUUAGAUUUGAUAAAUACUUUGACAAAACUACUCUUACCUGACAUACCACAAUAGACUCCACCCAAACCAUCCCGAGUGCCCUCCCUCCCCCCCGAAUCCCCCCCCCUUAAAUCUUUUUUUUUAAGAUCAUCUCACAAAUGACCACCAUACCCUCGCACUAU